ACCCUAAAUUCAUUUCUCUUGAAGAAAUUCUGUAUUCCUUUUUUUUUUUUUUGCCAUUUUUCCCUGUAAUUUUUUUGUUACUCCAUGAAAAUUUUCACUGUCAAGAUUAAGUCACCAUUGAAGCUCCGUGCAUUAUCUGCAAUGGCGGAGAUUUAAGGCGCAGAACUAAUUCAACUGUUGUAAUUUGUAUUUUUGUUCUGAUCUUCCAAGUUCCAAAGUGAAGUCUUUGUUUUCCUUUUUUCUCGGAGCUGUACUAACCAGGUUGAGCUUAUUUUCAACAUAGAGUUUUGAUUUUUAGAUUAUCUUGAUAAUCUUGUGUGUGGAUAUUGUAAUUAUUGGACUUGAGCUGCAAAAACUGUUGAUUUUAUGUUUGUUCGGUUCUAGGGUUUUUAGGGUUUUAGGGGUUUUAAGUGAUCUAUGAGUAAUGGAGGAAAAGGAGGGAAUAAGUCCGGGGUUGGCGGUGAAGGGAGUAGAUGCUCGAGAUAGUUUCGGAGUGGCCCCCAGAACUGAAAAUUCUGUCCCUAACCUGAACCCUAACCCCAAUCCUGUUCCUAAUUCUAAUCCUAAUCUUAACCCUAACCCUACACCUAAUCCUAACUCUAGCCAGUUUGGUGGGCCAUUAGUGACCUCCUUGCCGGCGAGCUUGGGCACGGAGGUCAAGAAGAAAAGAGGGAGGCCAAGGAAGUACGGACCUGACGGCACCUUAGCUACGGCAUUGUCUCCGAUGCCCAUAUCAUCUUCUAUUCCCCUCACAGGAGAGUUAUCAGCUUGGAAACGAGGUAGAGCCCGGCCUUUAGAGUCCGCCAAGAAGCAAUAUAAAUAUGAAUAUGAGAGCACAGGGGGAAUUGCAUAUUUCGUUGGUGCAAAUUUCAUGCCUCAUGUAAUCACUGUUAAUGCUGGUGAGGAUGUCACAAUGAAGAUCAUGUCCUUUUCUCAGCAAGGGGUGCGGGCUAUCUGCAUUCUUUCUGCGAAUGGUACAAUCUCAAAUGUCACACUUCGUCAACCUACUUCUUCUGGUGGUACUCUAACAUAUGAGGGUCGUUUUGAGAUACUUUCCCUAUCUGGAUCAUUUAUGCUAACUAAUAAUGGAGGAACAAAGAGCAGAUCUGGUGGGAUGAGUGUCUCAUUGGCAGGUCCAGAUGGUCGUGUUGUGGGUGGUGGACUAGCCGGUAUGUUGGUAGCUGCUGGGCCUGUGCAGGUGGUUGUGGGCAGCUUCCUACUAGGUCACCAGCAGGAGCAAAAACAUAAGAAGCAGAGAAGUGAAAUUGCACCUGCUAGAGCUUCUGUCAGUGUUUUAUCUGCUGAAGGUAUGAAAGGGGCAUAUGGUGGAGUGAAGCCAGUUCUCAUAGCACCCUCCUUCCAUGGAGAUAAUUCAGCUUCUCUUAAUCCUAUGCAGGCCUUUAGAAACUCAUCUUCUGAUGAUAAAACUUCUUCACCUGAAGAUGAAUCUAAAGAUCCCGAACAAUCCAAAUGUGAGGUUUCUUGUUGAUGAGCUUUUAUACAUGCUGAUUGUAUCUUCAUUGUUUACUGCUGUCGUAACAAAAUUUAGGCUCAUCCAACACUGUUAGAGACCAAUAUAAACAAGCUGGCCAUUAUUAAAAGCAGAUUAGGUUUUUAACAUGAUAUGGAUUUUAACCCUGGAGUGCACUCUUCUUUGUUUUGUUAGCUUUAGAUAGGACUUAGGAUCAUCUCUGGCUGCUGGCAUCAUGUACUUUGUAGUGUUCGUGUUGUAAUGGAUGUAUGAAACCUGGUGUGUCAAAGUGUCAAUCUUCUGAUCAAUUGCUUUGUAGGUGAACUUGGUUAUGGGCAGCUUUUUCUUUUAGUUGUGAAGGUAUAUUCUG